AUGGGACAACUAGAAGCGCAAGAAGGGCAGCUGAGCAUCACGGUUCAAGAAGAUAAUGAAGCAAAUAUCCAACCAGAUGUUCUGAACCAGCCGGCUCGGCGCAGAGGUAUGGACUGGUGGCUUAGAAUGUCGAUGUACACUUUUUUUGUCCUUGCUGGCCAGGCAAUUGCAACACUCUUAGGAAGACAGUACUUUGACAAAGGUGGUAAAAGCAACUGGCUUGCUACACUAGUACAAAUUUGUGGCUUUCCUAUCCUCCUUCCAUACUAUUGCAUUCCAGCAUGGAACAAAAAACCUCCAGCCACAAACAGUACAAUCGAGCCAAAGCCACCGUCUUUAAUAGCCCUUGCAUCAGUUUAUGGUUCUCUUGGCAGCCUGAUAGCAGCAGACUACUACUUGUAUUCAAUAGGAAUAAAUUACCUUCCUGUGUCUACAUUCUCUCUCAUAUCUGCAUCCCAACUCGCCUUCAAUGCAGUUUUCUCCUACUUCCUCAAUAAACAGAAAUUCACUAUCUUAAUUGUCAACUGUCUUGUCAUCCUGACCAUCUCAUCCGGCCUCCUAGUUCUUCAAGGCGACAAUGGUGAUGCAAGUACAAUUUCCAAGUCAAAGUACAUAAUAGGCUUCAUCUGCACUGUUGCGGCAUCAGCUGGAUAUGCAUUGACACUUUCUCUAACGCAGCUAGCCUUCGCAAAGGUUAUAAAAAAAGAGACAUCUAGAGCGAUCAUGGACAUGACAGUGUAUCAGUCAGUUGUUGCAACCACUAUUAUCUUGGUGGGACUUUUUGCUAGUGGAGACUGGAAGGGUAUACCUCAUGAGAUGAAGGUGUAUAAGUUAGGGAAGGUGUCUUAUAUUAUGAAUGUAACAUGGACUGCCAUUAAUUGGCAGCUCUUUCAGGUGGGAGUUGUGGGAUUGAUAUUUGAGGCGUCAUCGCUCUUCUCAAAUUCUAUCGGUGCUGUGGGUUUGCCUAUUGUUCCAAUUCUAGCUGUGAUCUUCUUCCAUGAAAAAAUGAAUGGCAUAAAGGCAUGCUCCCUGAUUUUGGCUAUCUGGGGAUUUUUUUCAUAUGUUUAUCAGCACUACCUCGAUGAUCGUAAGUCCAAGAGUGAGAAGAAAGGUGCCAGUGAUCAAGUAUGUAAAGAUGUCCCUCUGGAAAACAUUAGAAGUUGA